CGAGUUUUUAAAUUGAAUAAUCCAUACCAUACUUUCUCUUCUUACAUUAUUUAUCACGCAGGAGGGUUCAUUUGGGUAGUGAGACUUUCAGAAAAACUCAAAAUCACCACUCUUCUGCUUCUGCCUGCAAUCUUUCUCGAGAAUCGAGUCGCAGAGUACCGCGAAAUAGGCGAAGAGGGGAGUUGCUUAGGCGCGGUAGCUCUCUCGCUCGUUCGAGCUCUCUUUCUAACAAUUCGCUUGCUCAAGUUCUCUCUCUGAUACAAAAAAUGCCAAAAGUGAAGACAAAUCGUGUUAAAUACCCAGAGGGCUGGGAAUUAAUUGAGCCUACACUCCGUGAACUUCAAGGAAAGAUGAGGGAAGCUGAGAAUGAUCCACAUGAUGGUAAAAGAAAAUGUGAGACAUUAUGGCCUAUAUUUAAGAUUGCACACCAGAAGAGUCGCUACAUAUUUGAUCUCUACCAUCGGAGGAAGGAAAUUUCUAAAGAACUGUAUGAAUUCUGUUUAGAUCAAGGAUAUGCUGACCGCAAUCUAAUUGCAAAAUGGAAGAAGCCUGGUUAUGAACGUCUAUGUUGCCUGAGGUGCAUGCAGCCACGUGAUCACAAUUUUGCCACCACUUGUGUUUGCAGAGUUCCCAAGCAACUUAGGGAAGAGAAGGUCAUAGAGUGUGUUCAUUGUGGAUGCAAGGGUUGUGCAAGUGGGGACUGAUUGGACAUCAAUUCUAGUAUUUGUUGCCAAUGGAGGGUUUCUUUGAAUUGCUUUUAGCUUUCUGUUGUCUGAAACCCUCGCCAUGGGACACCACUAGUUGUAUUAUUGUCUACUAACUUCAAGAGUGCUAUAUGUUGGGAAUAUUGGUUAAAUAUUAGUUAUCUGCCUAGUUCAAAAUCUGACUGGAGUUUUGUACCUUUACAUUGAUUAGCCUAACAUGGUCUACUUUUGCUUGAUCGCA